AUGUCUCAUGAGUACAAAAUGAGAGAGGGCGGCAACCUGCGAUAUUCUUUACCACUACGCGCUCCACGAGUGGGAAAGAUGGUUAAGGUGGACAAUACUGUUGUCCCAGUAGUUGUCGACAUCUACUGCCAAGAGUUCAACCGAAGGGAGAGAUUCCCGACGCAAGAAAGACAUAAUAGCAAUGCACUUAAUCCAUUGAAGAAAAGAUGGAUAAAAAUUUCGAGGGCGACCACGGCAACCGACACUCCCCACCAAUAG